AUGACUGCCUUAAAAUGCCUAGAAUUGUGUCGUGAUUCAAAGUUAUUUAGCUGUGUUAGGCAGUUUUCGAGCUUUCCCUCGAAUGUUUAUAUCUCUGCCAGCAAUGGAGUACGCUGUGAUAUACUGUGGCGUAAGUAUGCUCAGCAAACAGUCUCGUCCUCACAAUUUCUAAGUCCUUCGGACGCUGUAUUACUAUUUCACUCAUUCGCCAAAAUAGGAUUCAAAGAUCAUCGGGUUAUCAAGGCACUCUCACUAGUUAUCUUAAAAAAUGUCCACUCUCUGAGUCCUUGUGGAUUAUCACUUGUACUAAACGGUUUGAAGAAGUUUGACCUAAAGAACAGGGAUUUGCUCGAAAUUGUAACUAAUCAGGUGUGUCUGUCUAUGGAUAAAUUCUUACCGCAAGAUAUUUCAUUAGUGGCCAAUUCUAUCGCACAUUUCCACGUUUAUCACCUAACAUUCUGGAAUAAACUCAAUCUCUACCUGAAAAAUGAUAUUAAUUUGGGCCAUUUUGAAGCUUCUUUAAUAUUGAUGGCUUAUGCAAAAUUGGAUAUUCGCGAUGUGCCUACGAUGAAUGCUUUGUUGAAAGUUAUCGUUCCGCAAUUUGAAAGUAUCGAGAUCAAAAAUUCAACCCUAAUUCUACAUUCCCUUGCUAAACUAGACAUUGUGCCAAAAGGCUUCUUCGAAAUGGCAUAUUUGCACAUUCAAAAUCUAAUAAUCCAUGAACCCGAUAAAUUUGAUCUACAAUCACUUGUUCUGACGUUAUACACCGCAGUAUGUCUAGUGAAGUCGCCAAAAAAGCUAAUUGUCAAUGUGAUGGAGCUGAUUAUUCCUAGGAAGGAGAUAUUAGGGAAUUAUAAACUGGGCAAACUCAAAAUGGUUGCUGAUGUGCUGAUACUAAUGUACAAUGAUUUGUAUGAUGCGUUUGAUCCGGAUUUAAAGGAGUUCUUGCGUUAUAUACAAGAUACCCCCUUGAAAAUAGUUGAUAAAAGUUCGAGAUGGGGGGAAGAUGUGUCAAAGACACUUGAUUUUAUGAAAAUAGAUCAUAAUACCAACUUAUACAUUCAAGAAUUGUAUGCCGAUAUCGUUUUUAAGGAUUCCAAAGUAGUAAUCAAGUGUACAGGUCCAUAUAACUAUUAUGCGUAUUCUAAGAGGAUGACCGCGUUUGCCAAAUUGAAUAUAAAAUUACUGGAGUUAAAGGGGUAUACUGUAAUAGUAAUACCAUUCUUUGAGUGGUCUGAAUUGAGGAGUUUAGAGGAAAAGGUGGAGAGGUUGUAUCAGUUGGGUAGGGAGGCGUUCGAAAAAAUUAAUUCCAAUAGAAUAGUCGAUAAAUUGCUUGUUUAA